CAGCUGUGAAGAUCAACAAAUUAGCAACAAAAAUUUCAAUUUUAAUUUUUCUCUCAAUUUUCAUCGACAAUGGACUCUCAAAUUGAGCACAUGCUGGCACUGAAAGUCAUGCGAUUGACUCGACCAACAUUGACAAACUUUGAGAACCUUAUAUUCAGCGAAAGAAGUGAUUUACCACAUUUGGAAAGUGAAGAAUCAAAUUAUUUACCAAAAUCUAAUUUUUUGCUGUUGCCGCAAUCAUUUGGGAACAUUUAUUUGGGCGAGACCUUCUCCAGCUACAUUUGUGUCCACAACUGUGUAACUCAUGCAGUCUCAUCAGUUUCUGUCAAGUGCGAUUUACAAAGCAACAAUUCAAGAGUUUCGAUUCCGAUUCAUGCAAAUAGGACAAUUCCGACUACUUUGAAUCAGGAUGAGACUUUGGAUGAUGUUAUUCAUUAUGAAGUCAAGGAAAUCGGAACCCACAUCCUAGUCUGUGAAGUCAACUAUGUGUCACCUGGUGGACUGCCAUUGAGCUUCAGAAAAUUCUUCAAAUUUCAAGUAUUAAAGCCGUUGGACGUACAGACAAAGUUCUACAAUGCUGAGACUGACGAGGUUAUUUUGGAGGCUACGAUUCAAAACAUAACAGCUAAUGUGAUUUGCUUAGAACGAGUUGAACUCGAACCAUCCGAUUCGUACACAUCUACGUCGCUAAAUACAACAACAGAUGGAAAUUCUGUGUUCUGUUCAAUCAACAAGUUGCAGCCUCAGAAUUCGUGUCAGUUCUUGUACUGUAUUAAGCCAAUUCCAUCAAUUGCGAAUGACUUGAAGACACUGAAAAUGGCAAUGAAUAUUGGAAAGCUGGAUAUUGUAUGGAGAUCUUCUAAUUUGGCUGAAAGGGGACGGUUGCAGACUAGUCAGCUGCAGAGAAGUUCAAUAGAGUUUGGUGACCUUCGUCUAUCAAUCAUCGAAGCCAACAGCAUCAGUGAAAUCUCAAAACCGUUCAUCUUCAAUUGCCGCAUCACCAACACAAGCACACGAUCAAUGGAACUUAACCUCAACUUCAACAUUAAGCAGAAGCACUGCAACCUUUACACAGGCUCAUCUGAACAGAAUUUGGGACUAAUUGAGCCAGACAAGUUUAAAGACUUCCGCUUGACAAUUUUUCCAAUCCGAUUAGGGAUUGUAAGUGUUGGUGACUUACAGAUUAGCGACGUGUUUAUGAAGAGAAUUUAUGAAUUUGAAGAUAUUUUGCAAGUUUUCGUUGUUAAAGAUUUGAAUGAAGCUUACGAUUUGCAAAAGUUUGUUAAAUUUCAUGACAUUCCAGUCAGUCAAGCUAGACAGUCUGCUUAAAAAAUUAAUAAAAUUAUUAUUCUAAAUGAA